CAUCAGCACCAUCGUCAUCAUCAUCAUCAUCAGCCGGGAGGAGGAUGAGGAGGAGAGGGAGGGGCCGCACGCCCAGCCCGGGCCCUGCCGGGUCCCCCGCGCGCAGUCCGUCCCCGGGGACUCGGCCCCAGCGAGGGUCCUCGCGCACCGGUGGCGGGGGGCCUGGCGGAGGUUCAGUGACCCCCGUGGCACCGGCGGCAGCCGCGGGGCAACCUCAAAGCGCGAGCGACAACAGCGAUGAGGAGGAGGGAGAGGAGCUGUCGGCGUCGGCACGUGGUGACGGCGCCCCCGUGGAGGGCGUGCGCUACAUCACCGAGGCGCUGUUGCGCCGCGUGAGCCGGCAGGAGGACCUGGCGCUCGUGCGCUCCCUCAACCUGGCGCUGGCCCGCGACAGCGGCAAGAAGUUCCGCUACAUAGAGAACCUGGAGCGGUGUGAGCGACUGGAGGUACUCACGUUGAGUCACAACGUCAUCGAGAAGAUGGAGCACAUGGAGCGACUGGGGUCGCUACGUGAGCUCCACCUGUCCCACAACCUCAUCACGAAGAUCGAGGGCCUGGAGCACAUGGCGCAGUUGCAGACGCUGGCGCUCGCCUCCAACCACGUGGAAGCCAUCCCCGCGUGGCUGCCGCGCCGCCUGCGCUGCCUUCGCUCGCUGGACCUGCGAGACAACAACAUCACCUCGCUGCAGGACGUGAGCCGGCUGAAGGCACUGCAGGGGUUGGUGUCGCUGGCGCUGGCGGGGAAUCCCGUGGCGGCGCUGCCGCACUACCGCGCGCACACGGUGUUCCACCUCCGCUCGCUCCAGCGGCUCGACGCGCAGCCCGUGAGCGACGCGGAGCGCCGCCUCGCCCACCAGCGCUUCCACCUGGAGGAGGUGGAGCGGCUGGAGGCGGCGCUGGCCGAGCGGCAGGCCCAGCUGGAGUCGGCGUCGCGUCAUCAGGAGGAGUCGUCCGCGGCGCUGCUGCAGCGUGAGCAGCAGCUGCUCGCGAUGCAGCAGGAGAAGAGCGAGCGCGACGGCUCCGUGCAGGAGCUGCAGCGCGAGCUGCACACCAAGAACCAGCUGCUGAAGCAGAAGAUGUUGGAGCUGACGCGUGCGUGCCAGAAGCAGUACGAGCUGGAGCAGGAGCUGGCCUUCUACAAGAUAGAUGCCAAGUUCGACUCCCUGGGACACGCGCCGCCCCACGCCGGCGGGGACGACGACGACGACGACGACGACGAGCCGCGGCAGCUGGCGCCCGGCGAGAGCCCGUACAUAGGCAAGGCGCGCUACAAGCGGAACGAGUUCGCGGGCGAGAGCCGCGUGCGGCUGUCCCCUGCGCGCCACGCGGCACUCGGCUCCGUGCAGAGCGACGGCGCCGCCGUGUCCCCGGCGCCGGGCGCCGGCGCCGGGGACAUCGCGGACGCCGUCGAUGAGCAGCUCGCGCUCAAGCAGCUCGCGCUGGCCGAAGCUGAGCGCCGUCUGGCCGAGCUGCUGCAGGAGGUGGAGGCUGCGGAGCGGAGGAACUUGGCUGCUGCGCAGGAGCUGCAGCGCCUGGAGGACGCGGCCGCCCAGGGCAAGAUGCUGGAACAGCGCCGCGAGGCCCUGCGCCGUGCGCUCGCGCGCAAGCUGGAGCUGCUGGGGCGACUGCGCGUGGAGGCCGAGGAGCUGGAGCGACGCCUGGAGGCGCAGCGCACGGAGCUGGGGCGGCGGGGAGCGCAGGCGGCGCAGCUGCGGAGGGAGGUCGCGGAGGAGCGCGGGGAGGACGGGCGUGGGCACGCGCGGGAGCUGAGCGCCGCCGCUGAGCUAGCGCUGGAGGAGAUGGCGCGACAGCAGCGCGAGCUGGAGGAGCGCCUCGAUCAGAUGCUGACGCGCAUCGCAAAGGAGACGGAGGACAUCCGGGACCUGGAGCAGCAGCUCACGGAGGGCCAGAUUGCCGCGAACGACGCGCUAAAGCGUGACCUGGAGGGCAUCAUCGCGGGGCUGCAGCAGUACCUGUCGGGCGUGCAGGACCGGGCGCGCCAGGCCGGCGAGGCAUGCGGGCGGCUGCAGCAGGAGAACGAGGAGCUGCAGCGCCGUCUGGCUCGGCUGCACCAGGACAAGCAGGAGCUGGAGGUGGUGGCCGAAGAUGCGGACGCCAUGCGUAAGGAGGUGCUGGAGCUGGAGCGGCUGCUGCAGGAGCAGCAGGACGCCAACGCGUCGCUGCAGGGGGAGCAGGGCGAGCGCGAUGCCCAGCUGCAGGCCCAGCUCGACGAGAUGGAGGCCGAGCAGCAGCAGCUCCAGGACCAGCUGCGGGCCCAGCACCAGCGCAGCAAGGGGGAGCAGGCGGCGCUGCUCGCGGAGCUGCAGCGGGAGAAGGAGGCGCUGGAGGCCGCCAUCGAGCAGGCGGGUCAGGCGCGGGCCCACGAGCAGGAGAACCAGCGGCUGCUGCAGCAGCUGCGUGCGCAGCAGGCGAGCUCGGCGAUGCUGAGCAGGCGCCUCCAGGACGCGGAGGCGCAGGCGGAGAGGAUGGCGCGGGAGACGGUGCGGCGCGAAGAGGUGGCGGCGCACCUCACGCAGCUCCGCGAGGAGGUCGAGGGGCCGCGCGGCCCCCACGGCGAGGAGGAGGGGCACGACGAGGAACGGGGCGAGGAGGAGGAGAGGCGGAGGAACGGGCAGCACGAGGAGGAAGACGAUGAGGAGGAGGAGGAGGAGGAGGGGACGAGCAUCCCGGGCCCCGAGGGCCGGGGGGCCGACGCGCUAGGCCGCAGCCUGUUGGAUCUGCGCCGCGGCGUGGGGCGCGCGUUGAGACGGGCGGAGCGCGAGCGCGACGACGCUGGGCGGGCGGCGCGGCGCGCCCAGCGGGAGUCGCAGCAGAUGAGGGAGCAGCUGGCGGCCGCUCGCGAGGAAGCGGACAACGCCGGCGUCCAGGCAGAGCAAGCGCAGGCGGAGUGGGAGCAGCAGCUGGCGUCGGCGCGGCACCGCCUCGCCCAGGCACUGCAGGAGCGCGAGCAGCUGGCAGCCGAGCUGGAGCAGCGCGACGUGCAGGGUGAACAAGAGGAGGAGGAGUCACGAGCGCGACUGCGGGAGCUGGAGACGGAGCUGGCGCGGCUGCAGGCGGACGUGGCUCAGGCGGACCGCGAGGCGGAGCGCCGGCUCGGGGACGCCCAGGGGCAGGUGUCCACCCUGCGCGGUGCCCUGCAAAGGCUGCAGCGAGAGCGCGACCAGGGGAGCGAGGCGGCUGAGCGGUUGCGGGCGCAGGCGGUGCAGGCGGAGCGGGAGCUGCAGAAGGCGGAGGCGGAGAUUGCGCUGCUGCAGGGGCUGCUCGCUGAGCGCCAGCGCCAGCUGGAGGAGGUGCUGCUCCGGGGAGGGGGGGAGGGCGACUCUCCCCGGGGGGAGGUGGAGCGACUCCGCCACUCGCUCGACGCACAGAAAGCCGAGGCUGCGCGACUCCGCGGCCUGCUGCAGCGCGCACGCACCGAGCGAGCCGGGGAGCUGGAGGCGCUGCUGGCAGAGAUCGCGUCGCUCAGAGCGGCGCUGGCUCAGCAGGCCGAGCGCAUCGCCGGGGCCCGGCACGCACGGCGGGGCCCACGCAAGCCGGCGAGCGAGCGGUCCCACUCGAGCCAGACCCGCGACUCGGGCCUCGGCUCGCACCGCCUGCUGAUGGGGACGCCGGGCAGCCCGCCGGGCCUCGCCGCGUGGACGCCGCGUCGUCGCCGCCGCCACCGACACGGCUCCGCCGCCGGCGCCACGGCCGCCAGCUCCAGCGACACGGAGGCCGAGGCUCGAGCGAGAGGGCUCCACGGGGAGGAGGAGCAUCAGGAGGGGGUGGCGCUGCAGGGAGGUGCCUUCGCCAAUGGGCUGCCGUACGCCGCGCUGCUCCCCGGAGCCAUCUACGUCCCGACCGCGACGGCUGCACCGCAGCAACUCCCCACGCAGCCCGCCACGGGCGCCACCGCGGUGCCCACCGCCUACGCCGCCAUCCAGCCCAUGCCGCUGCUCGCCGCGCCCGCCGGAGUGCUGCACUGCAAUGUGCCGGAGCACCACGACAUGGAGGACCGCCUGUCUCGCCUGCGCCGGGAGCUGGCGUCGCUGCGAGCCCAGCGCCGGCACGAGCGGAGGGAGCUGCGGCGCGCGGAGGAGGAAGCAGCGGACGCCCGCACGCGGCCACGCCGCGGCGGCGCACGUGGCAGCGUGGAGUCGCUGCUGCUGGAGCUGCAGGGUGAGCGUGCGCUGCUCCGGCAGCAGCAGCAGCAGCAGGAGGAGGCGGAGGAGGAGGAGGCGGCGGGGGAGACGGCGUGCCUCGAAGAGACGCUCGCCCGGCGCCGGCAGGAGCUGCGGCACGCCAACCGCCUCUUAGUGCAGGCCCACGCCGAGCUGGAGGACACGGAGAGACAGUCGCAGGACGCAUCUCGCUGGUGCGCGGAGGCACAGCAGCGGCUGGAGGAGACGCGUGCCGACUUGGCGGAGACAGAGCGGCGUGUGGCCGACAGCGCCGGCAGGCUCCUGCACUCCGACAAGCAGCUGCGGGCGGUGCAGGUGCAGCUGGUGGACGCUGGGCGGCGCCGCGGUGAGCACGAGCGUGUGCUGGCGCAGGUGAGCGCCGUGGUGCAGGACAGGGAUGAGAGAUUCACGGCGCUGACUCAGCAGAUCGCAGGCUCCGAGCACCGGCUGGAGGAGCUGCGCGUGGAGACGGUGCGGGCUGAGCAGGAGCGAGCCGAGGGGCAGGCGGCGCUCGGCGAGCUGCAGGCGGCGCUGCACACACACCGCACGGCGCUGCACGGCCUACAUCAGGAGCUGGAGGCGGCACGGGGCCUGCAGGCGGAGCUGGCACGCGAGCUGGGGCGGCGGCGCGCGGAGCAGCGGCUGGAGCAGCAGCGCGUGGAGGAGAAGCGCAGGGAGCUGGCGCUGGCGCUGACCGAGGGCGAGAGGGAGGCCGCGGAGAGACGCUCGCUGAUUCGCGAGAGCCGUGAGGAGCUGGAGUCGCUGUCUGCGCGCCAGCUCGAGCUGCAGCACCAGGUGGCCGAGCUGGAGCGGCAGGCGGCGCGCCUGCAGCUGCACGGCGAGCAGCAGCGAGAGCAGCUGCACGAGACGCAGGCGGCGCUCACCGCUCGCUCCGCCGAGCUGCACACCGUGACGGAGUCUCUGCGUGUGGAGGAGGAGGCUCUGAACCAGCUCCGCCUGCAGCAGCGCCAGAGGCAGGAGGAGCUCCAGGCUCUGCAGGCCAACUCACUGGAGGCACGCGUGGACCUGGAGAGCGUGCUGGCGGCGAGCAGGCGCGAGCGCUCCGAGCUGGAGCGCCUGCAGCAGCUGGCGCGGCGCGAGCGCGAGGCCGGGGAGCGCCGGCGCCGCGACGGCGAGCGGGAGGCGGCGGAGGAGGCGGCGAGGGCCCAGGGGGAGGCGCACGACGCGCAGGCCGCACUGGCGGACACGCAGGCGGCGCUGGCCGAGGUGGAGUCGGAGCUGCGCUCCGCUCGUUGCACGCUGAACUCGCUCACCGCGGACCGCGACGAGCUGCAGGGGCAGCUGGAUCGCGCCGCUGCCCUCAAGCAGACGGUUUCCACGGAGACGGAGGCGGCAAUGCAGCAGCUCCACGCGACCCGGGCGGAGCUGCUAGCGCUGCAGGAGCAGCUGCAAGAGAAGCAGGGCAAGCUGCAGCAGCUGCAGCAGGACGCUACGAGCGCGGCGCGACACCGCGACGCGCUGCAGGAGGAGGGGAGCCGCGCGGAGCAGCGCUGCCGGGCGGCGCUCGAGCGGCAGGAUGAGGCGGAGCGCGGCGUGGCGCUGCUGCGCGAGCGCCAGCACGAGGGCGAGCAGGAGCUGGCACUGCUGCAGGAGCGGAGCGGCGAGGUUGGCGCUGAGCGGGAGAGGCUCGCGGCGGAGGUGGCGCGUCUCCGGGAGGAGGCGGAGCGGCGGAGCGAGGAGGCUGAGCGCGCGGGGCGCACCGAGCGACGCUGCGGGGAGCUGGAGAGAGAGGCCCAGGCGCUGCGCUCGGAGCUGAGCGACAGAGAGCGGCGGGCGGCGCCGGGCGACGAGGAGGAGGAGGAGGGGGGGCGCUUGCUGCGCGAGGAGGUGGCGCAGCUGCGUGGCGAGUUGGAGGAGGAGCGGAGGGCGGCGCUCGCCAGGCUCGCCACCCAGCGCCAGCAGAGCCGGGAGCAGCUGUCCGCGCUGCGCGAUGAUGCUCGGGUGCAGGCCGCCCGCCUGCAGGAGGCGCUCGAUGCCGAGCGGGCCGAGUGUGGCCGCGUGCGUGCCGAGUCCCGCCGGCUGGGGCAGGCCGCUCGCGAACACCACGCCACGGCCUCGCGGCUCCUCGCCGAGCUCGCGCGCCUGCAGAGCGACUUCCAGCUGCUGCACACGCAGCUGCGGAGCCAAGAGGAGUUGGCGUCGCGCGAGCGGGAGACGCGCGAGGCGCUGCGGGCCGUGCGGAGCGACGUGCGCGAGGAGAUCGGCGCGGGCCUCCGGGAGCUCGACCGCUCGCGCCUCGGCCUGCUCGACGAUCUGGAGGCCGUGUACGAGGAGAAGGAGCGCGUCCGGCGCGAGAUAGACGGCCUCAAGGAGAACCUUCCGCCCGACGGCGACCGCCUCUCCGCCCUGUCCGCGCCCGGCGCCGCCGACCGUGCCGCCGCCGCCGGCCCCCCUCGCUCACCGGGACUCUCGCGCAGCCUCCUCCUCCUCACCAAGGGAGAGCUGUGGAGCGGAGACGCGGCCUGUGAGAAGCUGCGGCAGCAGGACGACUGGCUCAAGGUGCGACGCCAACCCCCCCCCCCCCCCCUAUGUAUCGUUAGCCGGGUAUCGGCAGUGGCCACGCUGCCGCACGUGGCGUGGCCCGUGACCCAGCGCUGA